AUGGACGUGUUACUCACACGAAUGACUAAUCUGGAGCAACGCCCACAGCAAGUGCAACCACCACACAAUGAUGAGCGACACCUGGCACCAGCUGGGAGAGUGGAUCCUAGAUGUCAAAGGAUCCAACAACCUAAUGAAGAGCUAGGAAACAUUAAUCUUGAAAUUCCUAACUUCUCUGAUUUAUUCCCUAAAGAGAUGCCAAAAGGAUUGCCACCACUUAGAGGGAUUGAGCAUCAAAUCGACUUUGUCCCUGGAUCUACCUUGCCAAACCGACCAGCCUACAAAACCAAUCCCGUGGAAGCAAAGGAAAUCCAGAAACAGGUUGAAGAGCUUCUUGAAAUUGGACAUAUUCGAGAAAACUUGAGUCUGUGUGCCAUUCCAGUGCUCAUUGUCCCAAAAAAAGACGGAUUUCAUGUUAGUAUAGAAGGUGUGACCAUGGAUUCAAAAAAGGUUGAAGCUAUCACAAGUUGGCCAACGCCAACUAAUGUAUCUAACUUGCGUAGUUUUCUUGGACUGGCAGGUUUCUACAGAAAGUUUGAACAAGUUUUUGCUACAUUGAAAGAGAAACUCACCGCCGCUCCUGUUCUAGUUUUGCCUUGUUUUGAUAAAACUUUUGAACUAGAAUGUGAUGCUUCUGGUAUUGGAAUUGGUGCUAUACUGAUGCAGGAUAAACGCCCCAUUGCCUAUUUUAGUGAGAAGUUGGGUGGCGCACCACUCAACUAUCCCACAUAUGAUAACGAACUUUAUUUUGGCAACAUUAUUUAUGGUUUAAAGACUUUAUUUUACACACUGAUCAUGAAGCCUUAA